UAAAAUUUUGAAAAGUAUCACCCACUAUUUUCAAAUUUCCUCUCUUAAAAUCAAAAAUCCCCAAAAACUCGCUGUGUCAACUCACACACACAGUAAUUAUUAACUCAGUCAAUGGCCAACGCGCCACCGCAACCUCCAUCGGAGCCGAUAACAAUGGACGGCUCAUCAAUAGACGUCGCACUGUCAUCAUCGUCCCAUUUAACUCACGAAGAACUCGUGACUCGCCGAUCCCGCAGACUGAAGCAACUCAGUAAGAUUUACAGAACUCACUACUGGGCAUUAAUGGAGGAGCUUAGAACUAAGUAUAAGGAGUAUUAUUGGAAGUAUGGUAAAAGCCCUUUCAAAGAGAAUAAUAAUAAUAAUAAAAAUAAUGGUUUUGGGGAUUUGAAUAAUGGGAAAUUAGGGUUUGAUGAUCAAUUAGGGAUUAGGAAAUGCGAGGUUAAUGGGUGUGAAGAGACACCAAUGGCAUUGACGAAAUUUUGUUAUUCUCAUAUUCUUCUUGAUUCUGAACAAAAAUUGUAUAAAGGCUGCACUUUCGUCGCUAAAAGUGUACAGGGAAGGCGUGUCCUCUGUGGGAAGAUAGUGUUGAGCUCAAUUGUCCCUGCUCUCUGUCCGCCUCAUUUUCAAAAGGCUGAAACGUAUAUGGCACAAGCUCUGAGAAAAGCAGGGCUGAAUGUCUCUUCACCGAGUGUGGUUGCUCCGAAGCUACAUGUGAUUGUCAGAGAAUUUGUGCACCAAAUCCAGACCAAAAGGAGAGCUGCGCGAAAAGAAAAUAUUGCUAAAGUUCAGAUGAAUGGGGAUAUAGCUUUAUAAGGUUCUCGACUGCUGUUUAUACUCUUGAUAAGCAUGCGUGGUUUCUGCUGGUGGUGAAUCUAGUGAAUCCUGAUGGGAAGAUGUUUGAAAGUUAGAGCUAUGCCUUGGAAUGGCAACAUCUUGUGCGUGCUUAAGGAUUGAGAUGUACAUAAUACAGACAUGUCAAUGAUAGAUUCUGGACUAUGCAUCAAAAACGGAGGAAUUAACUUCUUGUGGUCUGAAUCAAAAAAGAGGAAAAAAAUAAAAGAAAUUGAAGAAAAUAGGUCUUAUUUAUUAAUGCUAUUGUUAAUAAAGUGGGAGAGCGAUGAGUUGAUUUGGCUGAUGUUUGAAGAAGCUUUGCUAGAGAGGUAGCAACUCUAAUUUGAUACUUACAUAUCUGGCUUAUGAUAUAUCAUAGGCCAUGUUUGGUUCAUGGAAUAGGCCCGGAAUAGAAUAGCUAUUCCGUAUUGCAUAUUUAUUCCCCACUUUGGUUCAUGGAAUAGUAACUCCAUGAAAUUGCUAUUCCAUGAUUUUGUGGAAUAACUACUCCUCUCAAAAAGUAAAGAAAUAGAUAUUCCAUUCCUCAUGGAAUAGCUAUUUUAUUCCAUGCUAUUCCAUUUUAUGAACCAAACAUGGCCAUAUAUGUAUCUACAAGAAUGUUAUGCUGCAAAUUUUUGAACUCUAAAUUUAUAAUAGAACUCGUUGUGAUA